AUGGAGCAGGUCCGGCAGGAGUUCAACCGUUGGAAGCAGGAGCAAACGGCACAAGUCCCGAGUCUCGACACCACGCUAUUACGAACUCCGUUCUCCAGUGAAAUCAUGCAGCAGCAGUACCCGGUCGACUUUCGGGUCCCGGGGGCAAAGGAUUAUUCGGGAAAAACGGACCUAGAAGAGCAUGUCAACUCCUUCUACGGAAACAUGAUCAUGUUGGGCGUGUCCGACGCUGUCAUCUGCCGGGCAUUUUUCUCAACGCUCUCGGGAAGAGCGGCCGAGUGGUUCAAGUCCCUCGAACCGGGGUCCAUAACGUGCUUCGCCGACCUAUCGACCAAAUUUAUCCGACGUUUCGCAAUGUCUCGGACCGUUCGGAAGCAUUUCACGCACCUCGAAGCCGCCAAGCAGCUAGAAGGGGAAUCGUUAAUCGAUUUCCUGGUCAAAUGGAAGAAUGCCAUCGGCGAAGUCGAGCCAAUGGAUGACAGGACAGCCAUCAACGUCCUACAUUACUCCCUCCGAACGGGGACCCUGUAUCAGGACUUCAUAGUCCACCCACCACAGUCGUACGACGAAGCUAUUCGCAGAGUCACAGACUACGCGAACGCAAUGGAGGCAAAUUCCGCAAAGCAACGCCAAGAGACAGGAUCCACCCGACGUGACACUCGCCCCGACCAGAAGCGCGGAGACCGUCAGCAAGCCCCCCGGGACCUGUCCAGGCUCACCCGCCCGGUAACAGAGGUCCUCGAUUAUGCCCAGAGUUGUAAUCUGAUCCAGCUACCCGAGCCCGGGCGUGACGGCCGGGACACCUCCAAGUUCUGUGCGUACCACCGCAACCGAGGGCACACUACGGACGAGUGCCGGGUCCUGAAGGAGGUGAUCGAGGACCUCCUGAAGGAGGGUGAGCUGACCCAGUUCACCAAGAAGAAGGACAAGGGGAAGAGAUGGAAGAAGUUCUUCAAACGAUCCGGCCGGGACAAGAAGGACAAGGACCAGGAUCCCGAAGGCAAGUCCCGGCCCAGUGGCUCCAAGUAG